AAUUGUUGAUCUUUAAAUUUAGUUUGUGUUUUUGCCAAUCAUUUUAAUCUUUUAACAUUUUAAUUAACCAAAUGGUCUGAUUAUCCAAGUUAAUUGUUACAUUAUGAUUUCUCUGUUAUUUUCUUCCCUCUUCUCUUCAAGUUGUGGACUCACCUCAAGGCCUAAAUUUCAAGUGUAAUGAAAAAAACUAAUACAAAAUCUAUUGUUUUGAUAUCUCUAAAUUUUCAUUCUCACAAUCAACCACCUCAACCACCAUUAAUUUAACAAUUAGUUAACAUAUAGGUUAAUCUAAGGGCUAUCAUUUCUUUCUCUUGAUCUCUCUUCUUCAAUAUUGGCCUUUAUUUUAUAUUCUCCAUCAUCAUCAUCAUCACCACUUAAACAUCAUUCUCAACAUUCAUCAUCGUCUUUAAUUUUCUUCUCAUGAUGUCACAAUCUAAUUUGGAUGCUGAUGAGUAUCAUUUUAUUGGUAAUAUCGUUCGUAAGCAAACAAAAUAUGGAUCCACUGUUAAUAGUACCUACAAAGAGCCUCGUUAUAUUGAACAUAAGCUUCAACCAAAUGAUACUCUUCAAGGAUUAGCUUUAAAAUAUAAUGUUUCUAUGGAAAGGAUAAAACGCGCGAAUAAACUUUGGACAGGUGAUAGUUUAUUUUCUAGGAGUAAAUUGAAUAUACCUGUAACCAGUGAUCAUGGAACUUCAUCUUCAUCACCCUCAUCACUUUCCUCUCCAACUUCCCAAUUUGUGUCAACUCGGACGAGUAUUGAAAGCAACGGAAUCAACGGAACAACCGAAAGAUGUGAUGAUGUAUUUUUAGAGGAUAAAAUGGCGGAAACAUCAGUCUAAGGAAAAAGAUAAACAAACAGAUGAAUGGAAAAAGACAGAAAGUGAUAGAGAGACAUGAGAGAGAGAGUCAGUGAGUGAGAGAAAGGAUUUUCAUACAGAAAAAGGUUCUACAAUUAAGGUCUACUUAACCAAAUCAUCAAAAGUCAAAAUUGUCUCUUACACACCAUAACCUGUACAAAGAAAGAUUUAUAAGAAAAAAGGUUAAGCAGUCACACAUAUCAUCUCAUAAAUCAUCAUGUAAUCAUCACCAUGGAAAAGAUAUUUAAUGAUUUCAAGUGGACCGUUUUCACCUUGUACAUAGAUGUACAUUGAACUAUUGUUAUCAAGAGUCAAUCGCAAAUACUAUUAAUUAUUAUUAUUAUUGUUUAAGCUGGAAAAUUGAAAAAUUUACUUUCAAAUUCAA